UCUCCCGGCAGAGUGCGUCCCGCUCACGCACACUCAACGGGACUCGCUCUGCUUUCAGGCUUGAAGCGAGAUCGUCUUCCCCGCUCCUCCUGCUGGAUAUCGCAGAUGAACAGUUUCACCAGCGCAGGCAAACUCUUCCCCGCCCGACAACAUUCAGGCUCCGGCGCCACAACCCCACUCUGUUGCCACUAGUCUGUUUGCCUUGGUCACGGUUUCCCACCCGGUCCAUUUGGAUUAGACCGAGAUCACGCUGGGCGCGUAACUAUGGAGAUCGUGCAAUUGUGGAUAAAGUUGGCGGUGUGUUUCUGUUGCUGUUUUGGAGCAAGUGCAGAUUUCGAUGGCAGGUGGCCGCGGCAGAUGGCAUCAUCCAAUGGCCUGUGCCGAUAUGGGGGCAGGGUGGACUGCUGCUGGGGAUGGACGCGCCGCUCCUGGGGUCACUGCCAGCCUCUCUUCGCCUUAACUCACAGAGUAGUCGGGAUAAGGUGCCAGCCCCAAGCUGUGUGUCAACCUAGCUGUAAGCAUGGGGAGUGUGUGGGACCCGACAAGUGCAAAUGCCAACCAGGCUUCACCGGCAAGACCUGCAAUCAAGAAGAAACGCCGGACCAUGUAAUACCCCUGUUGUGGGAUGGUCACCUUCCUGUCUUUCUUCCCGUGGACCAUCAGCCAGUGGGAGUAGUGACGGAGGACCUGAAUGAGUGUGGGCUGAAGCCGAGGCCCUGCAAGCACAGGUGCAUGAACACAUACGGGAGCUACAAGUGCUACUGCCUAAACGGCUACAUGCUGAUGCCUGAUGGGACCUGUGGAAACGCUCGGAGUUGCGCCAUGGCCAACUGCCAGUACGGCUGCGAGGUGCUGAAAGGAGAGGUCCGAUGUCAGUGUCCGUCACCGGGUUUGCAGCUGGCCCCAGAUGGAAGAACCUGUGUGGAUGUGGAUGAAUGUGCAGCCAGGAUAGCAGUGUGUCCCAGGUUCAGGAAAUGUAUUAACACCUUUGGAAGCUACAUCUGCAAAUGCCAUGAAGGGUUUGACCUACAAUACAUCAAUGGAAAAUACCAGUGCAUAGAUGUGGAUGAGUGCUCUUUAGGCCUCAGCCACUGCAGCAGCUUCGCCACCUGCUACAACACGCCAGGCUCAUACAAGUGCAAAUGCAGAGACGGCUACAGGGGGAUGGGGCACGACUGUAUACCCAUUCCAAAGGUGGUUAUUGACCCCCCGAGACCAGGCAAACUGCCUCCCAAUCAUCACAACCACAUCCCAGACUUGGAUCACAAAAGGAUUACCACAGUCCGCCCACCAGUAACUCCAAAGAAAACCUUCCCCGUUGUUCCAAAAUCACCACUCACAACUACAACUGAAGCCCCGCCGGCCCCCAGGACAAUCACCCCACUUCCACGCAAACCAGCAGUUCCCACUCGAAAGCCCUUCAUCCCUACUCGAAAGCCAUCAAUACCCACACGCAAACCCUACAUUCCUCCAAGGGUUGUGGUUCCCACAGGGAAAAUCCCACUCAUAACCCCUUCACCAGACAACACCAUUCAGAGGGAGGUAACCAAACAAAGAGGAGAUGUCCACAUCCCUAGGAAUAAUGGUCACAACACUGUUCUGGACACAGAAUUUGAUAUUGAGCUCGGCAAUACAGCAGAUGAAGCCAAGGAUGACCCAGACUCGGGGUAUUUGAGCUGCUCCUUUGAUGACGGUCUUUGCGGCUGGAUCAGCGACAAAGACGGAGACCUGCACUGGGAGACGACACCUGAUCCAACAGGUGGAUGGUAUCUCACGAUCCCAGAGACAGGAAACAAGAGAACGGGACGAGGGGCCCGGCUAGUACUUCCUCUCACCCCGCCAUGGAAUGACGGCAAUUUGUGCCUGUCAUUCCGGCACAAGCUGGCAGGCCACCAUGUGGGAAUGCUCCAAGUGUUUGUGAAAAAGGGAAAGCAGUACAGUCCUGCAGUGUGGGGCCGAACAGGAGGCAAUGCCUGGAGGCACACCCAGAUCACUUUAUGGGGUACAGGCCUGGAAAGUGUCAUCUUGAAGGGGGAACGUGGGAGAGGGAGAAAUGGAGAGAUGGCUGUGGAUGAUAUUACCUUGAGGAAAGGCUCCUGCACAGAGGAGCACAAUGUAAGGAGACUCUGACUGAAAGAAUGGUGAAGGGCAGACAAAAAGGACAACGAGAGGAAAAAUCAUCCUAAAGAGAAGAGACUCUGCUGUGACACCUCCUUAUACUGCUCUGUUCCUUACUUUGUCCUUCUCAUCCCCCAGCCCUACUGUGAGUGGUAUCAAAAGUUAUGCAUACAGUUUAGUGUUACAGGAAGUUUUUCCUAUUCAUCUAUCCAUGAACAAGAAGGACUUAGUCAAAUCUCACGGGGAUAUUUUUGGCAGCACUCUCCGGUCGUCUCACCCCACAAUUUCAGUUCUCUGAACUGUGCAUGUACCGAUGUAUUAUGGAAAUGUACUGCAUCUCAUAUUGGCUCUGGCAGCCUCCAACCACACCAGGAAGAUUCAUUCAUUUUUUUUUCUAAAGAGAAAUCUGUUCCUUUGCUUUGCAUUUUUGUUUUGUCCAAAUAUUGUAAUUGUUUUAAUUCACUUGCUUUUGAAACACACAACCAGAAAUGCAGUUCCUGUUUUUGAUAAAGAACAAUAUUAGACUUGGUGCUGUUUUAUUUUUAGAAGUUCAAUUUGCCAAAUUUGAUUUUAAAAUUAGAUUUUUCUAAAUGGAUGUAGUUCCAGAGUUAACAUCGAAGGUCACAGUGCCAAACACUUCAAAACAAUAAAGCUGAAAAUUUCCACCAAAAAUGUAAGAGUUUUUUAGAUUAAUUUACAUAUUUACUUGGAUAAAGACUCUGAAAUGUCUUCACUUUGCAAAAGAAAUAAUAUUUUAUGUGAUUAAAGACCAAAUUAAAACAUUAAAACUAAAGUCAGAAAUUUGUGAGAUUUUUUUUUUAUUUGUCAGAAAUAUCUCAGAUGUUUUAUGAGAUUAUAAAGUCAAGAGCCGCACAUCUGGAUAAUUUAAGUAGUAGAUCUGGUAGGUCCUGCAUCAGAAUGACAUCUCCCACAUUCAGACCUGAUGCAGCCAUGUUUUUCCCUCAUUGUCUAAGAUGUGCAUUUGAAUCAGUUGAAGCAUUUAUGUCAGGUCUACACUCAGGAGAUGUCUUUCUGAAAGAGGAAAAGAGCCUUGAUCUACCUACACUGUGCAUCUCCUAAAUUUACCACUUAAGCCUUAGACGACUUCCGUCUGACUUUAUAAUCUCAGUAAAGUUUUUUGUUUUCUGUUACUUUCAAAUUUCUGGCUUUAUAAUUUCAGAAAAUAUUGUUGUUUUGUUGUUGGAUGUGCCCAUUUUAUGAAGAAGUGGACCUUUUGUCUUGCAAUUUAAAACAUAAAAUUUUAUCUUGUAAAUUUGUGAAAUUAAUCUUAAAAUGUCCGAUUUUGGUGAAAAUUUACGUCACUGCAGAUAGUCAUUAUUUUUCAUUUAUCAACAGUACAACAUAAUAUUUGAAUGCAUAACUGAGGUGUCAAAUAUUUAUAUAAGUGAUCAGUUAUAAAAAUGAGACUAAAAUACUAAUUAUAGUGUAAUUAAUGCAAAUAAAUACAUGCAUAUUUGAGGAUAUUUAACUCAGUAUUUUUUCAAAACAUUAAAUGUGGAAAUAAUUUAAAUUUGUUCUCACCUUAUGUUAAAAAGAUAUAAAUGUUUUAGCAUUUAUGUAUUUGUUUUAAAGGUGUGUUUUGCAACACAUGAUGAAUAAACUGAGGAUAUAACUCAUUAAAGUCAGUGAGCAGAGCGAACACUGCUGUACAAAAAGGAAUUAAUCUACAUUUUAGUUGUGCAAUUUUGCCUAUUAAAUGUGAUGCACAAGAAAUAUUCAAUCGAUAAUGAAAUAGGAAAUAAUUUUCAGAUAUUAAGUGAAGUGUUAAUUAUCUCUACAUUUGAUUAUGUUUAUUCUAAAUAUAUUGGCAUAUUUAAAUGAUAAUACAUAAUUUUUUUUCUUUCAUGUAUUUAUUGCGGUUUCCUAAAAAAAACUGUCACAUAUAAAUGUAUUUCACAAAUUAUUUAUUGAUUAGAAGCUCUUCUGGUCCUUUAUCAGUUGGAAACAGAUAAGUUAAAGGGACAGUUAAGUUUUUAUUAAAUAUUUUCACCUAAGAAAAUUGUUUUGUAGUGUAGGUGAAUGAUAUGUUGCAUUGCUUUUGGAUUACUUGGUUGUGUGUGAUGUUUUAAGAGUUUUGCUCUGGUACUAUGUGUGGGGAGUAGUCAAUGUAAAAAAAAAGUUACUGAUGCAAAAGUGGUAACAAUGAACAUAACAUGUUCAGAUAUAACCUUCUGACCCACAUGCAGAAUCUGAGUCCAAAUAAGAAAUUGAUUUUAUUUUCAAAGAAAUGAACAACUGACAGUUCUUGAUCCUUCAGGAGGAUGGAAAGGGUCGCAUAUCGGUGGCGCCUGCGAUGAGAGUGGAAUUAAUGGUGGCCAGAAACGAUUAAUCAGGGAUGAAAUAAGAGCGAGCUUACUCUAGAAUUAUUCAAAAUGAGGCGUGGAGGAAAAGAUGGCUAGGGUCCUGUGUGGGAGAAUGGUUGAUGGUGAAUCCUCAUAUUGUGCGAGGAGGGGUCUGAUGAAGCAGGGUGGAGGAAUGAUGAACGGCAGAGCAGGCAGGCAGGGAACUUGCAGGUAGAUCCACAGGAGGAGAAACAGCAGAACUGAUUCCUCCAAUGAAAUCCAAUGAGACAAUCUCGAGGCAGCAAACACAAGGACUAUAAAACUACUGGAAAAUGCACAGGAAAUAGUCAACAGGUUGUGACAGGGAACUACAAAAGGGUGCUAGAGAGAUUACCGGUAAACAUAAAUCAUCCAGCACUGAGUAUUUAAUCUUAUAUUUCCAUUACUCUGAUGAGGCUGAUGAGCUCCACCUGCAUAGGCUCUACCUAGAUCCUCACUGGAAAAGAUGCAUCGCUCGCACUCCAACACACACACACAGGAAUCCUGAUAGAACAAAGAUUAACUAAAAAUCAAAUUUUAGUUAAUAUAGAUGUAAUAAAAUAUCCACAUUUAUUUGAGUUUAUUGAGUUCUGAGUUACUCUUUGACUCCAACAAGUUUUCCAAACUGAGAUCUCUGUGUUAUUUCAAGAGAGAUACUAACUGUCCACAAGCGCUCAUAAUGGACCAUUCCCCUAUUUAGACAAAACACAAAAAAACACCUAACUGUCAUGAAAUGUUUUUAUCUGAGAAUACUGUUUUAUGUGUUGUUUCAAGGUCACAAAACAAAUAUCAUGUUGUACCAGCUGUUUUGUCAGCUGGUACAACAUGAUAGUACAAGUACAGUCAAGCACAGACAAGAACAGGUGGGUUUUUGGUUCUCAUUGUUUUCUUGGAGAAAUACGUGAUAUUCUGGUUGUUGUGAAUAUUAAACAUACCAAAUAUAAUACCUGGAAUGCACCGCAUUGUACUGUAAAAUGUUUUGUCUGCAAUUAGAAAUAGCUUUACAAUUUAGUGAUUUUGAAAGCAGACCUUAUGGUUCUUCUACAGUUUGCCCCUGGAAAAUAUUGCUCUACCACUUCAGCAUCCUCUUUCACCAUUGAAUAAACAUGACAAAUUCCGCUCACCUGUAUGUGAUUGCAUAUUCAUGCCAUGUAAGAACAAGCUCAGUAUUCUAAAAAACAAAAAAAAAAACAAUUCUGUGAAUAUUACUGGGUUUUGACAUAACUUGCUAUGGUACAUACUUCUGCAUAUCUUGGAAGAGCACCAGGUUUCCUCUUUUUUUUUCUUUUUGCAAAAAACGAUUCUGUUAUUCAGUACCAUCCUCAUCCCUACUUUUGUCUGAUGCCCCCUGCAGACCAACUACCUGAAGUGUUUAAAAAAAGAAGGGGCAAUGGAUUUUAGGCACUCACAAUUGAACGUUUUCUUUGUAUUGUGCUUUGUUAUAUAAAAUGUAUUUGUUACUGACAUUGAUUGAUGAGCAGAAUGGUAUAUUUGUAAAUGUAUUCAUGUGUACAUACUCUGUACAAUGCCAUAAGCUGGUGUGAUUUAUAUGUUAUGUAAAUUCAUAUAUGAAUGUUGAUUGGACUUGGUUGGUAUUUCAGUAUUUAAUUAAAGACCCGGUGGAAGCCUUA